CAAUCUCUUUCGGAGUGACUCCUCCAACACCGUCCAGCCAAUUAUAUAUGGGAUCUCCUGCUAUGGAGAUCAGUAGCAAAAAGGUUGAGUUUUUAUUGGUGAUGUAAAAUCAAUUCUAAGGUAAGAAAAGAAGAAGGGAAGAAAGAAAGAGGCUCUACAUGUUCCUGUCUCAACCACAGAACCGAACUCAGGGGGACCGAAAAACAGAGCAUGAUCCUCUUUCCUUUUUAUCUGUUCGAAUGCAAGUAUGCAACUUUCUAUCGUUACAAGGAAUUGACUGCUACUGGCUCUCUUUUUCUCUUCCUCAUUGUUUAACUGGUGGAGAGGAAUGGGUUUUGUGUGUUGAAUCAUGAUGAAACUGUUGAUAUAACGAACUAUUUAAGCACGAAACAACAGGUUUAAGUAAAUUUGAAAGCUGCAAAGAACUUUGUUAAAGAAUGACAUACAAAGGAAAAGGCAUUGAUGAAUCCAUUUAUGAAUAGUGGUGACAAUUUUGUAUCUAAUCCAAAUUUCCAAUCCAUCCACAUAUCCACUAAAAUAUCCAAUUAAUCAAUUUCAUUUAAAUCAAAUCUAUUUAAUUAUAAUUCAAUGGUUUUGGUAGAUUAAUAUAGGAGUGGUAAAUGGUUAUUCAGUUAUCAAUUUUUAUCGAUAAUAAUCGAACCAAUGGUUAGUGUAAAGGGGGAUCGAUAUCAGCUUAAUAACCCGCACCUCAUCUUUACAUGAAAAAUAGUUGUUUCUUAUAUAUAUUAACAAAUAGUCAUUAUAUUUCUUAAGCGAUAAAUUGACGACUUCUACAGGGGAAAAAUAAAGAAUAUUUUUAGGUUACUACUAUUGGUCACUAUGUUAUGUAAUGUCCAUUACAUAUUGAGAUGCAAAUUAUAAACCAUUGAUUGUAUCUAAGUCGCUAAAAAAACUUUGAAUUUUCUCUACAUAAUUGGUUGAUGAAGUAAUGAAAGAUUUGAUACAAGCACUAGCCAUCUCCACAGGGGGACAAAUUUGGCGGGAGGUGUCUAAAUCGAGGGGAUCUUACUAAUUUGCGAGAAAUUUAUUAUAAAUGUGAGUCAACUUGCAUAAUUACUAGUUGAAGAAUUGUGUUUGCGGGUUAAUCCACAACCAACCGCACACAUCCCCCACCCAUCCAACCUGAAGUAGUGUGUAGGUGGAUUGCAGGUCACAAUUGUACCAACUCAUUAGUAACCCAAGGGUCAAUUUAAAACCGAAACCCACCCAUUGCCCACCCCAGCACGUGGAAGUAGUUAUUGGUUUGUUAACUGUCAAACUAAUCGCUAAUCGAACAGAUAACAGACGAUUAAGCGAUAAGCUUUAUUGGUUCGGUUUUCGGCAUGCAUUUUUGGUUAGUUAAUCACUAACAACCAAAUCGAUCAGUAGUUAGCUGAAACCAAACCGAUUGGCAACCCUAGAUUUAUGGAUUGGAUUCAUGAAUAUUUGAAAAAUUACAGUUUAGUACUUAUAGUUUACAUUUGAUACCUAAAUUAUAAUAUUUUAUGUAAAAUCAUUAAAACAACUACGUUUUGGUAUCUAAUUUUUUUUUAUUAUGACAUUUUAGUAUUUAAAUUUUUUGAAAUUUUACAUAUGUCACUUAAAUACAUAAAUACAAAUAUACAAUCCAACAAUUUUUUUAUCCAAAUUCAUGAAUGCACUAAUCCAUUUAUCACCGAUCAUUUCCCAACUACCCGAAUUAGUAGGUUGGAACCAGUUUAAAGUAGGUAUCAUAAAGCAAGCAUAAUCAGUGCUGCUGCUUGUACAAUUCUUGGACACACAGAGAGCAUUAUUCAUUCUAUCUUUCCCUCUUGCAUAUUCCCCACCAUGCUUCUUCCCCCCAGCAAAAUCCACCAAUCACAUUUACAAACCUUCCCUGUGUCUUUUACAAUAUUCUAUUCAUAUAGGACCAGCUGCCAGCCAUCAAAAGAAUAUAAUAUGGAUUGCAAAUCUUCAAACCUUUCUAGUCCUAGAUUCCUGGUUCUCUCCUAGCUUGGAAUAAUGAAAUUGUUAAGCUAACAGCUGCUAAAUGCAUCUAAGAAGUAGCAUGUUCUUCCACCAUAAGCAAAUGGGGUGGUUGUAUAUCUUGUUAGAACACUCAUUUUGCUCCAACUUGUGUGGAGGAAUGGCAUCCAUGGACAUGAACAUACAUAUAAAGUUGAUGACCUUUUUCCAAAUGGGAAGUGGGAAUGUAAUGGUUUGUGCAUCUCCAUAGCAAUCACUUUCUCCCCUUUUCACCAUUUUCCUUCCUUCCAAACAGAUUCCUAAGAAGUUUGGUCAUGUAACUUUCAUCUAAUCAUCACAAGCUUCAGCAGCAGCAGCAGCAGCCCCAUUAUAGGCAGAAUCCUCUGACCAUGACUUGUGUAUGCAACUUGACAUACAGCUUCCAUAGCAUAUUUCUAUCUGAUAUGAUCGUUUGACAAAACAACUCAGCGAAGAGCUCGAAUCCAAGUCCUAUGAGGAAUGGAAACAGAUUCUCAAGAGACCACAGUAAGAAAGUUGAGACGAACAUCCAUCCACAUAGACCUCACUAAGUUUUCAGCAUUUGCCCUAAUGUUUAGUGGCUGUAUGAUACUGUUUUUUGGUCUAUUUUCCUGCAAAUGCAACCAACUUGCAGCCUAGACUAUAUUCUGAUAUGUAUGCUGCCUCUUCAAUCUGUCUUAUCUUAUAUUCCAAGCAGAUAUUUUCCUGAUUGCCACAUUCUCAUUGAUUAAGUAAGCCCUUAAUUCCUGCUAAAUUCUGUGCCUACAGAUGGUUAAUUUACAGAAGAGAGGGCCAAAGAAACCCUACAAGGACAUCUGGUAGGCCAGGAAGAAAGAUUCUUUCACAUUAUUGCAUAUAUUUUUGGGGUAGUUGUCCAUGACUGUGCAGAUAUCCUGCAGUUUGAGAUAUGAUUGUGGAUGUUCAUCAUUUGCAGAAAAAGAUGCAGAGGGAGUGGGGUGAAAACAAAAGGAGACAGAUUGGGGAUAUGGGGCCAAACCCAUAGUAAAAGGAUAAGCUGGAAAGAACAUAAAUUUUCACCUCAGAAAGAAGUAGACUUGUCAAUGGAAAAAGUAAAAGAGCAAGCUUUUUUCACUACCUGUAUAUAAUUGGUUAAGAACCAAAGAACAAGUGGGUUAACUCUUUUGCAUCCCAACGUGCUUCUGGCUGGAGUGGCUCCUACUACAGUUCCAUCCUGAGGUGAAAAUCACAGAUGGGAACAAGAGUGACCAAUAUGUUAAUGAUCUCAAAGUCCAGUGACCAUUGGUACAAUUGAACCAACAAUGUUCCUGCUGCUACCCUUUUCUGAUCAAAGACAAAACUGCCGAGGGAUUAGCUUCUACUUUUAAAAACAAAGUUAGGCACAUGAAAGGACUAAUCAGCAGAACAAAAGCCAUGAACCAAAUUUGUCUAAUCCUUUGAUCUGUUUACAGCAGGCGGGUUAGGCCUCUCACGAGCUUCUUCAAUCCCUGACAUUAAUAAUUGUCAUUUAGCCCAUCAGAGAAACUGAUUAAUCAUAACUAACCAUCGUACUAUUUGACUGCCAUUUAGACAGAAUUAGGGCAAAUUAUGUUGCUUAGUGUUACUAUACAAGGAGACUGUUCUUCUGCAGGGGAAAGGGGACAAGCUUUUGUUCCCAUCAUUUCAAGAAAAACCAGACAAAUGGAACCAUGUUUUUCUUGCUGCAUAUUAUUAUUCUCAGACAAAAUCUUUAGAUUAAGAUCAGUCUAUUUGUCCAUGGAGCACUAGUCAAGCUAGCUAGAAUCCGGUGGAAGUCCUGUCUGACCUAUUCAUCUCUGAUUUUCGCAAGUCCCCAUCUUGGAUCUACACCAUAAACGAAACCUUACUCAAGAUAAAAAUCGUCGAAAUGCUAUCUAUUAGGGAUGCAACACCGUUUAACCAGAUUGAGUCGAUAAAACAUAGAGGCGUCGAAGCCUUCGUUUAUCGAGAUUGAAUCCCGUUCAUAGAUGCAACGAUAUUUGAACCGAUUGAGUCCAAAUAGCUGAAAAACGGUGAGGUGUGAUGAGCACAUGUAUUUGACUUACUGUUAUGGUUAGAGAGAAAAGGCAGCAACAUGAAAGAAAGGAAGGAAAGGGGGAGAUAACAAGAAGACACAAUGUGAAAGUAAUCAUGUAGAGUUGCAAGGACAAAGAAGAUUGAACCAAAAAGGGCCAGCUAGGUUUGGUUGGAAUUUUGUUCAGGACAGAGUACAGUUCUCAGAAGAGGAUCAUAUCACGUCUGCAUUUAUAAUUAAUGGAACAUAUAAGAACACAAAAAAGCAGGGUUUGGUUUAUUUGGUUCUCUCAUCACUGCACAAAGAUCCAUCCUUUGUUCCUUUUCGUGGAUACCCCCAAACAGUUGUGUGAAGAUUGUGGGUGCACACGUGAAAGUUCAAUAGUAACUUACUAGCAUGGUUUUUUUGGGACAUAGCCAUGGAAUUUUGACCCUACUACUACAUGACCCUUGUCCUUAAUUUUCAAUAAGGCUUAGGGGCAGAGGCUCAUUUCUCUCCAAACUCGUAACGAGGGGUCGGUCACUUGUUGGACGAGAGUCUUUGUGUUUGUUUCGUGUGAUGAUGGAGUAAAUUCACUAAUUGGAUGAUAGUCUUUGUGCUUUUAUGUUGUGGGAUGAUGUGUGAAUGUGUUUCAUACCGAUUCUUAAAAAUUAUAAGCCAAAACGUAUAGGAUGGUUGUCAACCGUUAAUCAUUACAAAAUAAUAUAAAGAACACUCGUGCCCCCAAGACCAUGCUGCUUUCAGAGCUAGGUGAUAGAAGAUAAAACUGUUUGAAGAUGAUAUCUAUGGUUAAUUAACUUUCUCCAUGUACCCAACUUCUUUCAUUCAUUUAUGUGUAAGAAGUCCAUUCAUGAUUAAAAUCAGACAUAACCACAAGUAUAUUCUAGGACCAGAAUGAAAAUUUUAAACAGCUCGAACCCAAACGAGCUAACCUACCAACUACAUACUAGAGCAUCACUUGUUAACAUUACAUUAAAACCUAACAUAACGAUCUGAGAUAUUUAUAAAAUGAAAGCGAAAGCGAUUAGACAAAUUAGCAUGCAUGAUAAAAAGGAUUUUUAUAGAAAAUAAAGCAUCAUGAACCAAAUCAUGUGAGUCCCUAACCUGUCUUAAAAAGAGGGGUCGUUUGGAUGAGGAAUUGUAACGGAUCAAUUUGACACAAUUAUCUCGUUUUCACACAAUUGUCUCGUUUUGAGACAAUUGUACCAAAUUGCCUCGUUUGCCAACAAAAAAAUUGGAUGAAUCAAUCUGCCUGAGGUAUUUUGAAUUGAUCCGUUUUGAGUCAAUUUCAAUUACCUGGGGUGGGAGCAGAUAAUUCGAAUUGACUCGUUUUAAUUUCCCCGUUUAUAAAAACGAAACAAUUGAUCAAACUGACUCAUUUCUAGAUUGAUCCAUCCAAACGAGAUUCCCACUCAUCAUCACCAUGGCCUUUCCUCCAAUCACUUACAUAUGCAAAAUGUCUGUUUCCCUUUGCUUCCAACUUGGCACCUACCUUCUCCUUCUCCUCCCCUCUCCCAACCUCUAAAACACCAAAUUGUGGUUCCUAGAAAGACAAAUCACUCCCCCAAAAUAUCUAAUUACCCAAUCAAAUCACAAAUCAUAAGAAAUCCCCCUUUUAUUGCCAACUGGCAAAUAUAUAAACCAGUACCCUUGUCUCACCCUAUAAAGAGUCAUUGCCACACUCCCUUCCUCUCUACAUCAUCACCACCACAAAGCCAUAGUCUUCUCCGCCGUUGACUCCAUCACCGGAAAACUAAAGCUAGCUAGUAACUAUAUAUACCGGCGGUCUACUGUAAUGUCGUCGGGCAGAGGUUCGUCAGGCGUUUGGACGGCGAAGCAGAACAAGGCGUUCGAGAGGGCGCUGGCGGUGUACGACAAGGACACCCCCGACCGGUGGUCCAACGUGGCCAAGGCCGUCGGCGGGAACAAGACCGCCGACGACGUGAAGCGGCACUACGACCUCCUCGUCGACGACGUCAACUUCAUCGAGUCUCCUCACUUCCCUUUCCCCUCAAAUCUCUACACCAACUCCAACUACAACGGCAAUAAUAUUGCUUCCUCCGGCGGCCAGCUCAACCUCAACCUCAUGAUCUCCGACGAAGAGAUAAAGAGGAUGAGGAACAUGAAGCUCCAAUGAGGUAGCUUAUGGGAUGAAGCAUGAAUGAAGUAUUAAUGGUGAUGUGGAUCAUCAUCAUCAUCAUCACCACAAGAGCAAUAUAAUAAGUGCAAUCCAUUAUACAUAUUAUUGCAUGCACCUUCUUCUUCUUCUUCUUCUUCUUCUUCUUCUUCUUCAUUAUCUCCUCCCAUCUAUCUACAUGUAGCUAUUAGUGUCUUAGUAACCAAGAAGCCAUCUAGUUUGAUGAAUCUCUUUUGGAUUCUUUUGUGGUUCCUUUUGGGUUUUAUUUUUAGUGACCAACUAAUGUAGUACUACUGCAAGUGUAUGUAUGUGGUACUGGUACUACAAGGUUAAUUAUGCCAAGAUGUAUUUGGUAAAUAAUGGAUUAAUGUGUUGUUUAAUGCUGCAAAGCACAAUUUUCGCACGUUUCCAUUGUCUUGUUAUAUUACAAGGUUUAAGGAAGGUGUUUUUUUUUAGGCUAAAAGAGAGUGAAAAAGACAAGUUGGGUACUAAAAAGGCAAAUCCUGGAAAGUAUAUACAAAUAAUACUCUUUCCUCAAUUAGUAGUAGUCUGAUUCAGAUGGGAUAGAGACUUUUGCAGCUUGGCCUUACAUCAUCAACCGUGGUACUGAUCUGGGUCGGCAAGUAAUUAGCCCCACAUCAAUAAUGGCCGUCACUAAACUUUAAGGUCAUUAACAGAUUAGUCACUGAACUUUGCUUUUCAAUGAAAGCGUGACGGAAUU